GAUCAAUUUUGGAUUAUUAACUGUACGGUCACAUGAUACUCACGUCACACGUAAACCAGGGGGAAGAUGGCGGCCGCCGGAGGAGAGCCCUCUCAGAUUGUUUCGGAUGAAUUAUUUCAAAACUUUUACACAGAGGUGAAGCAGAUUGAGAAGAGAGACUCUGUGUUAACCUCCAAGCAGCAGAUUGACAGACUGCUCAGACCUGGCUCAUCCUACUUCAAUCUCAAUCCCUUUGAAGUGCUGCAAAUUGACCCAGAUGCAACAGACGACGAAUUGAAGAAAAGAUUUCGGGCGUUGUCCAUUUUGGUCCAUCCAGACAAAAAUCAGGAUGACCCAGACCGAUCACAGAAAGCCUUCGAAGCUGUGGACAAAGCAUACAAACUCCUAUUGGAUCCUGAACAGAAGAAGAGAGCCUUAGAUGUGAUCCAUGCAGGAAAGGAAUAUGUGGAGCACAUGGUAAAGGAGAAAAGGAAACAGUUGAAGAAAGAAGGGAAGCCAUUGGACGUAGAGGAGGAUGACCCUGAAGUGUUCAAGCAAGCAGUGUACAAACAGACCAUGAAACUAUUCGCAGAGCUUGAAAUCAAGAGGAAGGAAAGGGAAGCAAAGGAAAUGCAUGAAAGGAAAAGGGCAAGAGAGGAAGAAAUUGAGGCAGCAGAGAAAGCAAAGCGAGAGAGAGAGUGGCAGAAAAACUUUGAGGAAACAAGGGAUGGGCGCGUAGACAGCUGGAGGAACUUCCAGGCCAAAGGCAAGACCAAGGAGAAAAAGAACAGGUCCUUCCUCAAGCCCCCAAAAGUCAAGAUGGAACAGAGGGAAUGAUGCUGUAAAAAUUGGACUUCACUAGAUUCAAACCCACCAUUAUAAAAACCCUCAGUUCUGUGUAUCCUCACGUCGUCGUCUGCAGUUAGCUGUGUAGUCGUCAUCAGGGUACUUGUUGUACAACAACUUCCUCAUAGUUUUGUACUUGGUUUUCUAAUGUACAUAUUUGUGAUCUGGACCCAGAGAUCAUACCUGCCUCAUGUAAGAAAGAAACGAUGCAUCUUCCAUUUCUGUAACUGAUGAGAAAAAAUGUUGUUUGUCCUUAUUUUUUGCUUUUUGUUCUUUAUUUUUUUAAAACUAAAUAAAGCUUGGUAUUAACAAGCCUA